AUGGAGGCGGCGGCGGCAGAGAGGCGGCGGCCGGAGGAGGAGGCGGAGGGGGAGCUGCUGCAGAAAGAAGAGAAAGAGGAAGAGUCUCCACUUGCUAAGCGGAGAAGGGUGCUGUGCUCCGAGUUUACCGCCAUCACCAGCAGGGACGCGGCGGUGGCGCGCAGCUUCUUGGCCAGCCACGACUGGCACAUAGAGAGGGCGCUGAACGCCUACUUCGAGCCGCCGAUGGAGAAUGAGGAUGAGGCCACGGGCGGGGUGUCGACGGCCUGCGCGGGGCCCGGGCGCUGUAUUGACCUCACAGCAGAUGCAACUACUAGUGAUGACAGUGUCAAUAGUGCAGACUCAAAGAAACAAGAAGAUGACAGCAGCUUCUCACUGAUAACCUGGAACAUUGAUGGGCUGGAUCUAGGAAAUCUAAAAGAACGAGCUAGAGGAAUCUGUUCUUACCUGGCAUUAUACAGUCCAGAUGUUGUGUUUUUACAAGAGGUUGUCCCACCACAUCUCUGUCUUCUACAGAUGAAAGCAGGCAAUUACACUGUGAUUCCAGGUAACAUAGAUGGCUAUUUCACUGUCAUAAUGUUGAAGAAAUCAAGAGUGAAACUACUGAAACAUGACAUAAUACCUUUUCCAACAACCUCUAUGAUGAGGAACCUUUUGGUUGUGCAUGUGAGCAUAUCUGGUAAUGAACUUUGCCUUAUGACUUCUCAUCUGGAGAGCACUAAAGAUCACUCCAAGGAGCGUAUGAAGCAACUACAAAUAGUGUUUAAAGAAAUGCAGAAGGAGCCUGAGUCCACCACUGUUAUAUUUGGAGGGGAUACAAACCUUAGAGACAGUGAGGUUGCUAAACUAGGAAAUUUACCUAACAACAUUAUGGAUAUGUGGGAGUUUUUGGGUAAACCACAACACUGCCGCUAUACUUGGGACACUCACUCCAAUACCAACCUGCGUGCCGUAUACAAGUGCAAGAUGAGAUUUGACCGCAUCUACUUUCGGCCUGCAGGGGGAGGGGGACAUAUUAUUCCACGAAGUAUGGACUUAAUCGGAUUGGAAAAACUAAACUGUGGCAGAUUCCCUAGUGAUCACUGGGGUGUUCUGUGUAAUUUUGAUGUGAUACUAUGAAAGAGUUACAUUGUUACUUUUUAGGUGUUUUGUUCUUGAUUUUACAAAAUUUUACCCUCUCAGGUUAAGUAGGGCAUACUUAGAUUUUCAAUGUUAAUGCAUCAUCUGCUCUUGCUUUGGCUGGAAUGGCUUCAUUUCAAACCAGGGUUUCCAUUUCCUUACUGUAUGCAUCUGUUCUCAAAUCACAUUUAAAAUAUUUUUUUUAAUCAUUAUAGAAAUACAAAAAUGAAAAAAUACAUACGUACCCUUUCAGGCAAGCUGGUAAAGUAGCUGAGGGAAGAAUGACCAGAUUUGCACAGAAUAAGGGUUUCUUAAGUAAGAAUUAAACUAAUAUCAAACAGUUUUAAGAACAAUGUGACUUCUAUUUGACAAGAAAAAGAUUAUAGGCAAAUGCAUGGAAAUUAUUCAAUUGGGAUAGUAUAUACCUUACUUUGUAUUAACUGUUUAUUAACCUGGGUGUGAGUUGCAGAUGAAAAUGCUUUAUCUUUCCAGUGAGCUUCUAGAAACAGUGCUCUUUCAAGCUGCUGUGCAAAGCUUGAGCAGCUCUAGGUCUCACUGACUUUGCAAAAGAUCAAACAGACUUUAUUACUCAAAUAAUUGUAUAACCAGUUUCACUGAAGCUGUGGUUUUAUAGACGUGCAAACUAAUAAGCUGGUUUAAAAGGAAAGAUCUUUCUCAUGUGGAGUUUAUUGUACAGUCAUGGUGAGGAAGCACAGACGACUCACGUCAAUGAUGCAGAGUGAACACAGAGACUGAUAAGCCUAAAUUACUUGUUCUUUGUCUUAAGUCCAGAGUUUACAAGCAACUUUUUGUUGAACAUCUGUGCUGGGUUGGCCCUGGCUGGUAGCCAGGCUCCCACCCAGCUGCUGGUUCAAGUAUCCCCUUUAAUGGUGAGAUGAGAAGAGGAAAAGCAAAUAAACCUCAGGAGGUUAAUUCAUCUCCACCGACAUCAGCUGCAGAAAUCUCCAGUUCUGCUUUUGCUUCUUUAAACACCAAAUUCUUUUUGCUAAAGGUGAAAGAGGCUGGCCUGUUUUGGGAAGGAUGUCCAAAUCCUCCUGUCUUGAUUGCUCUCAACAUACUCCGUUAUUUUAGAAUAAUUCAGCUUCAAAAAUAAGGAGGGAGAAGUCACUGGUACUUUUUUUUAGCUCAUGUUGAGCAUGUGAUCUGUUUUUUCUGUUCCCAAAUAAAUUGUUAUAUAAAAAUGUGAAAAAUAUCUACAACGGCCAGUCUUUUCCUUCCAUAUUUAGAAUGGGGCUGGUCCAGUCACUGCUUUUUACUUGAUGCAUGCUUUCUUUUUCUUCACCAGGAGCCUUCAAAGAAAUAUGGGGUUUGCCUAAACCACUUACCCCUCCUACCCCACCCUGGUAGUUACAGCCAAAGGAUUUAUGGGGAAGGUGAAGGCAGGGCAUAAUGGUUUCACUUUCAUAAAGGUGUUGGAGAAGGGGAAAGCACAGUAAACUCACAAGAAACAUCUGCUUAUGUGA